CGCAUCCCGAGCCUGGCCCCAUCAGAUGCGCUGGCUGCCUCCGUCCGGGGCUGCGGGGUAGAUGACGGUGGACAGCAGCAUGAGCAGUGGGUACUGCAGCCUGGAGGAGGAACUGGAGGAUUGCUUCUUCACUGCCAAGACCACCUUUUUCAGGAAUGUGCAGAGCAAACAUCCUUCGAAGAAUGUCUGUAAACCCGCAGAGGAGCCGCAGUGCCCACCACCCACGCUGCAGGAGAUCAAACAGAAGAUCGACAGCUACAACACCCGGGAAAACAACUGCCUGGGCAUGAAGCUGAGUGAAGAUGGCACCUACACGGGUUUCAUCAAAGUGCAUUUGAAACUUCAGCGGCCGGUGACUGUGCCGGCUGGGAUCCGGCCCCAGUCCAUCUAUGACGCCAUCAAGGAAGUGAACCUGGCAGCCACCACGGACAAGCGGACAUCCUUCUACCUGCCGCUGGAUGCCAUUAAGCAGCUGCACAUCAGCAGCACCACCACGGUCAGCGAGGUCAUCCAGGGGCUGCUCAAGAAGUUCAUGGUCGUGGACAAUCCCCAGAAGUUUGCACUUUUUAAGCGGAUACACAAGGACGGACAAGUAUUCUUCCAGAAACUCUCCGUGGCUGACCGCCCCCUCUACCUGCGCCUACUCGCCGGGCCCGACACGGAUGUCCUCAGCUUCGUGCUCAAGGAGAAUGAAACAGGAGAGGUGGAGUGGGAUGCCUUCUCCAUCCCCGAGCUCCAGAACUUCGUAACAAUCCUGGAAAAAGAGGAGCAGGACAAAAUCCAACAAGUGCAAAAGAAGUAUGACAAGUUUAGGCAGAAACUGGAGGAGGCCUUAAGAGAAUCCCAGGGCAAACCUGGCUAACCCGUCUGGCUUCCUCUUCUCCUGAUGCCCAUGGAUGUAUUUGUAUUAUUAAUUAUUAUUUUGCAACAGACACUUUUUCUCAGGAGCCCUCUGGUGGGUGCAUUUGUGCCUGCCCAGCAGUUCCAGAUGUGGCAUGAAAUCUGAUGAACAUGUGUGUGCGGGGUUGGGGCCUGCCUGCCGCCACGCCGUGCCCCUCGCACACGGCCCAGGAGCAGUGCUUGUGUGAAAGAACCACUGCGUCCUCUCGCCCGCCAUCUGCAAGCCUUUCACAAACCACACAGUUGCCUCUCUCAUAACCAAACUGGAACCCUUCGCACCAGCUGGCAAAGGAACAACAAAAAAAAAGGUUUUAGAGAGAGAUGUUCUUCCUCUGGCUUUCCUUCUUCAAUUUCUCUCGUUUGCCAUCCACAGUACCUUUAUUUAUGAGUCAAAAAUUGUAGCAUAUUUCUUUAGCAAGUCUGAGCUAAACCCCUGAAAGCAGGAUAAUGCUCAUAAAAGGACUGUCCCCCACUGUCCCCAGGUGCCCGUUGUUCAUGCUUAAGGGAAGGUCAUAAAGCCACAGGUCCCAGAUGCUCAGGUUAGGACCCCCAAAGCUGAGGUUGCCUGAGAGAUUUCCAGAGAAGCUGCAGCUGGCCCUGGCCCUGAUCGCCCAAGAGUCGCACAUGUAAACCCAAAGGCGUGUAUAUAUCUGUGUAUGUGUGGUCCUCAGCCACAUCUUCGUCGACAACUGUUUGUUUCUAAGUUACAGCCUUGAAUUUAACAUUGCCAUCAUGUUUGUGUGUUUCCACCAAAGGGAAACCAGCCAUUUACCAUUUUUAAUGUCUGCUGAGUACAGAAAUCAGGCAGUCGAAGCCAAAAA